UGGGCUUCUGGGGGGCGCUGGGCUUCCAGGUUCUUCCGAGCGGGGUUUGCGCUCCCGCGAGAUCCAGAGGGGCCUGGAAAAGUGCUUUACCUAUGCUGGAAACCGCCCUGAGUCCUCACGGGGAGAUAGAGUGGUAUACAAAUAAAACAACUAUGAAGGGAUUAUAUUGGAAACAAAAUUCAUCUGGAGAAGAAACACAUUUUGUUUUCUUAGAAAAGGAUAACCUUCCUGUUGUGAAAGACAACUAUGUGAAAAUGCGAGUUAAAGCUUGUGCUCUUAGCCGGAUUGACACCAAGCUUUUGUCAGAUAUCAAGCUGGAAAAGGAAUUCCUGCCCGUCGGGAGGGAAGUUGCUGGUAUUGUGUUGGAAAUUGGAAAUAAAGUAUCCUCUUUCCAGCCCCAAGAUGAGGUAGUUGGAAUUUUACCACUGGAUUCUGAAGAGUCUGGUUUGUGUGAAGUUAUUCUCAUUCAUGAACACUAUCUAGCUCAUAAACCAGAAAAGAUCUCCUGGACUGAAGCAGCAGCGACUCUUCGUGAUGGUGUCCGUGCAUACACAAGUCUACAUUAUCUUUCCUACGUGUCUACAGGCAAAACUCUGCUAGUAAUGGAUGGAGCCAGUCCAUUUGGGACAAUAGCUAUUCAGUUAGCACAACACAGAGGAGCCAAAGUCAUUGCUACAGUGAACAGUCUUGAAGACAAACAAUAUCUUCAGAGGCUUACACCUUCUGUAGCUCGUAUUAUAGAUGAAUCAAAUGGAAAGUAUGACCUGACAGAAAGUUGUCUAGAAGAAACUGGUGGAUUGGGAGUUGACAUCAUCCUUGAUGCAGGAGUGAGAUUACACAAUAAGGAAGAUAAAGUAGCUUCACAAAAAAUAUUGCCGCACAAACAUGACAUCAUUACACUACUGAGUGUUGGAGGUCACUGGGUUACGAUGGAAGAAAAUCUUCAGUUGGAUCCUCCAGAUUGCCGAUGUCUUUUCCUCAAAGGUGCUUCGGUCUCUUUUCUAAACGAUGAAGUGUGGAAUUUGUCAAAUAUGCAACAAGGGAAGUAUCUCUGCAUUUUGGAAGAUAUAAUGGAAAAGUUGUCAAGUGGCAUUUUUAGGCCGCUGUUGGAUGAGCCAAUCCCAUUAUAUGAAGCUAAAGUUUCUAUGGAAAUGGUACAGAAGAAUCAAGCAAGAAAAAGACAAGUUGUCCAAUUGUGAAGCUUUUAAGAUAGUAUAAUUGUCUAUUAAACAAUGUUGUUUAGUGAAUUUUAACUAAACUUUUAGUUAGCAAUUGAAAGAUCCUUUAAAGUUUUGAUGAAAAAAAUGAAGUUUCUUAUCAGAGCGUUAAUGUUUCUGUUGCCAUAUCUAACAGCAAAUUUCUAUUAGGAAUCAUGAUACAGUUCCCCGUGUUUGUCUUCACAUUUUCUUUCUCUCUUUUUGAAACUCUUGUACAUAAAAAGGCAACAUCUGCUUUUCUCUACUGUAUUAUUUCUAUACAGUGUUUUUGUUUGUUUAUGUGGGAUUUCAGUACAAGAGGGAAUAAAACCCUAUUAAAAUUGUGAAA